AUGGAGACGGUUGAUACCACAAAGCGUCUUGCGCAACUGCGCGAACUGAUGCAAAAGAACAAAGUCGAUAUCUACAUCGUUCCUUCAGAAGACAGCCACCAGUCAGAAUAUAUUGCACCAUGUGACGCAAGACGAGAGCAUAUCUGCGGCUUUACUGGUUCUGCAGGCACUGCUGUCAUCACACUCGACAAAGCUGCCCUUGCAACUGAUGGUCGCUACUUCAACCAAGCCUCCAAGCAGUUAGAUGCCAACUGGUUAUUAUUGAAACAAGGCCUAGAAGAUGUUCCUACUUGGCAAGAAUGGACUACAGAGCAAGCAGAGGGUGGCAAGACUGUUGGUGUCGAUCCUACCCUUAUCACUUCUACAGAUGCUCGCAAAUUAAGUGCUACCCUUGCAAAGCAAUCACAAGCAACUCUAGUUGGCAUUUCGGAGAAUUUGGUUGACCAAAUCUGGACAGAUCGACCAGCCAGACCCGCAGAGCCUGUCAUUGUUCUUUCAGAAAAGUAUGCUGGCAAGUCACUCAAGGAGAAACUCGAAGACCUCCGAAAAGACCUGAAGAAGAAGAAAACGGCCGGUAUGGUGGUCUCGAUGCUCGAUGAGGUUGCCUGGCUAUUCAACCUGAGAGGCAGUGAUAUCCCUUACAAUCCUGUCUUCUUCUCCUAUGCUGCAGUCACUCCGCGUUCAGCAACUCUGUAUAUUGAUGCAACCAAGGUUGGCCAGGAUGUCAAAGAUUAUCUUGGUGACUCGGUUGAGAUCAAGCCCUAUGACGCCCUAUUUUCGGACCUCACCAUGAUUGCCGAGACUGCAGUACAUGAAGUUGAGAUCAAUAGCACAACCAAGACCAAACCUCAGAAGCUCUUACUGUCUAACAAAUCGUCUUGGGCACUAAGUCUAGGUCUUGGUGGAGAGGAUAAAGUUGAGGAAGCCAGGAGUCCUAUAACCGAUGCCAAGGCUAUCAAAAAUGCUACUGAACUUGAGGGCAUGAGACAAUGCCACAUUCGAGAUGGCGCAGCCUUGAUCAAGUAUUUUGCUUGGUUGGAAGAUGAACUGGUCAAUAAAGGUUCAUGGCUGGAUGAAGUUCAAGUGGCAGACAAGCUUGAGGAGUUCAGAUCUCAAGGUGAUCACUUCAAAGGCUUAUCAUUCCCCACCAUCUCCUCGACAGGGCCCAACGCUGCAGUCAUUCAUUACUCUCCUGAGCGCGGCAACUGCUCUGUUGUGGACCCAAAAGCGAUCUACCUUUGCGAUUCAGGUGCACAGUACCUAGAUGGAACGACGGAUACCACAAGAACACUUCACUUCACAACACCUACAGAAAUGGAAAUCAAAGCAUAUACCUUGGUCUUGAAGGGUGUCAUCUCACUUGAUCGAGCUGUCUUCCCCAAGGGGACGACAGGAUUUGCCAUUGAUGCGUUUGCAAGACAGCAUUUAUGGCGUGAAGGUCUUGAUUAUCGUCAUGGUACAGGUCAUGGCGUUGGCUCAUUCCUGAAUGUACAUGAAGGUCCUGUUGGUAUCGGAACAAGAGCUGCCUACUCUGAGGUGUCAUUAAGUAUUGGAAAUGUCAUCUCUGAUGAACCAGGAUACUAUGAAGAUGGCAAUUUUGGAAUUCGGAUUGAAAACAUGAUCAUGGCCAGGGAGGCGAGUACCAAUCACAAAUUUGGUGACAAGCCAUGGAUUAGCUUUGAGCAUGUUACCGUGGUGCCGAUGUGUAGCAAGUUGAUCGACGCCAAGUUGCUGGACCCAGAAGAAAAGAUUUGGUUGAACGACUAUCAUAAAGAGGUGUGGGAGAAGACCAGCGGUUUCUUCCAGGGUGAUGAACUGACGACGAAGUGGUUGAAGCGGGAGACUGCUCCUAUUUGA